CCUUCAAGGUUCAGUUUUAGUUUUAAAACUGCUCGCUGAUUGCAGCCACCGGAAAAUUAGCGGGAAGGAGAUGCCGGUGCGAGUUGAGAGCUCCGCGCCUUCUCAAAUCUCAGGUGCUGAUUCUAGGCAAAGUACUCCUCAGGCUUGUACGCUGUUGAGUGUUGGACAGGCGUUCUCCGGUACUCAAAAUGUCUCUAAUAAUCAGAAGGAUGAGGCGUGGAGGGUAAAUGUACGAAUUCAGGGAUUGGACCUUGACCAUGGAUAUCUCUGUGGUACGAUGGAGGCUCUCAAUGUUCCCAUGGCGGACACACCGGUAGUAACCUUUUGGGAAGGAGAGAUUGUAGAUGGCAAGAAUUACAAUUUCUUCACUGGAAAAUGGCAAGCAGCACCAGAAGAUGAUAUUAGGCACUGGACCAAAUUUCCUUCAUUUUGUCCUCUGAUGAACCAGGUGGAAGUUGAUGGUGGAAAAUCUUUGGAUCUUAGUAAUUAUCCAUGCAUAUUUAUGAGAUGGAAGGAGCAAUACUUUGUGAACGUUGGAACAGAUUGCGGGUUAACUAUAGCUGGUUUUUAUUAUGUUUGCUUCUCUUGUAGCGAUGGUUCCAUCAGUGGCUUCUACUAUGACCCUAAUAGUAGCCCAUUUCAGAAGCUUGAACUUAAAUCUACAAACGAGGGACGAUCGGGUUUCAGCUUCUCAUCGUACGAGUUGCAAUGACCUAAAUGGGAGAUCUACACUUAUGGUUGGUUUAACUUCUUGCUAUAUAUGAAUUCCAUGGUUUUCUACUUCAGACCUCUCAAUUUAAGUUUCCAUAUUAGCGUGUUUGUAUUUAAAUUUGCAUGCUAAAAUCAUUCAAGUAACUUUGAUCAAACUAUUAUUCGAAUCACGAGUUUUAUUUA